AGCCGAGCCUGGGCAGGCAGGUGAGCAAGGUAAAAACAUGCAAAGGAGCCACAGGAGAGGCAGCUGACUGGCUCUGGCUGGGAACCCGUCCCGUCACCAACAGGUUGGGUAACUUGUCCAUCAGCCGAGGAAGGCAGAGUCCCGAGCGCAGCCUCCCUCCUUCAUUCCACCUGCCGGCGGGACUACCUGGAGGAGCUCACCUGGCGCGCUCUCGCUCCCUUGCGCACACACACGCACACCUGCGCGCCUGACUUCAGCUGCGGGUCUCAGCGACGCACCGGGGACCAAAGGAAAUGGGGAGUUUGCUGGGAGGCCUGGGCCUCCUGCUCUUCGUCUCUGGUGAGUACCGGGCAAAAAGAAGCGGCUCUCUCUCCGGAGAUUUAGCCUGCCUCCCUCCCUCCUCCUUUCCCAGCACCGGGGUGCGGGUUGGGCGCUGCGUUCCCGCCACCCGCGCCCAGCCCUUUCGCCUGCCGGUCGUUUCCCAUCUCUUGCACUCCCAUUUUCAGAGCCGUGGCCGGUUUGGCAAGCACGAGGGGGAAGAGCUGCAAACUGGCCUUUUCCAACUGUUGGGCUGUCUGAAAGUGUGCGUGGCGAAGGUGCUAUGCAAUGGGGGCCAAGUUUCAAGUCCUCACUGGGGUGGCUUUUGAGACUCCCCGCCACCUGCUUGCUUGGAGCAAUAGCCUAGCCUGUGUGACUUGGUCAGAGGACAUUGAGGCAACCCCCAAGCUGAGCCAUCCUGUGUUAUGUAUUGGGGUGGCGGUAGGAUAACAUGGCGUUUUGUCAUGGUAUCUGUGGAGUGAUUCAUUCUUCCUCAAUAGUAACCCGUGGCUAUAUAUGCCAAUCUCAAAAGGAAGGUGUGGGGACUCGUACUGGUUUGGAAGCUCUGUUGUUUUAGCAUUGGCCACCUCGUACCUAGGAUCUGAAGAGGCUGAGUGUAGCUGUUGUAUACAAAAAAAGGUAUUCUGGACAUGCUCAACGGCAUUCUUGUCAGGGCUUGUGGCUUCGCACCAUUUUUAAUAAAUUCAUCACCGCGUGACAUAUGUAGAGCUUAAAACUGAACUCCAGAGCAGUGCCAUAUUGUUUAAAAAAACAAACACGCCCCAAAAUUUAUCAGCACGCAUGAUGAUCCAUUAUGUCCCCUAGAUGAGUUUUAUUGCACUGUUAAAUUGUAAGGAGGGAAACCAUGACAACUGUUAAAAGGAAUCCUCGAAAAUAAUGGAACAUAUGACAAGCCAGCGUGGCACGUUUAAGUUGGUGGUUGGGGAGCAGGUUCUGUUUAUGUGUGGAGGGGAGGUAGGGGUGUGUGUGUGUGUGUGUGUGCAUGCGCGCACAGUGACUGGGGGUCUGAUGGCUUUUUAAAGUGCAGAAUUGAAACAAACACACCCCAGCCUUUCCUUCCUUCCUUCUUGAAAGCAGUGUAUGCAUGGCUGGGGGUGGAAUAGGUGCCACAUUCCUAGAGGACAAAGGUCCUUUCAGUCUUGGGAAAACACACACAGAAAGGGAAGGGGAAGAAGAGAAGUAUCUUCCUUGGAACUUGUCCCAAGUAAAGGAGGAGGGAGGGAACUUUGCCAUGGUGGGUUUUUUCUCCUUUCUCUGUUGGAGCUCCUGUGACUUUAAUGGAAAACAGGAGAAACCACAUAAGUGAAUUGUUCAUAAUUCGUGCUGCAACUUCAUACCGGAAAGGACUGCACCUGCUGAAUUUCUUCCUGCCAUGCAGCUGUUAAAAGCACAGGAGUUCUGCCAGGGAGGAAAAGGUUGCAACUCGAUAUAGAAAAGUUAUCUACAGAUGGUGCUCCAUGGAUGGCAUACACUCUAAUCUGAAACACCCUAUUGUCUUCUCCAAGAUAAGUGAGAACUGGUGUUAGUUGUUCCUUUGUCAAAGAAUAAGACUUUAGGGCUGAGUCCUUUCUCAGAGGCUUGGGAACACAGUGGGGUCUAGUGAGCUGGUGGACAAAUCUGGCCUAGGAGCCAAAGGGCAUAAAGCCUUUUUUGUUGCUGCUCCGUCAACACUCUUUUUCAAACAGCGCAACCCACUUGUGAAACUUCCGUUAUCUAUCCGACAACCCCGAAACUCUUUGUAACCUGACACCCUUGGGAAAAGUGGCUGGAAGGCAAGCAGUUGAGAACAGUGGAGUUCAGGGUGUAUGUGUGUGCGUGUAAGAGAGGGAGAGAAUAUGAUCUGUGCAAAUUGUUCAUUGGGGUGUGGGUCCAGUGCUGACCUCAGCCUCUGGCAAGAGUGACUCUGUUUCCAAGUGUAAUAAAGGAACAAGAGUCAGGGUCUCUCGUCUGGAAUUUCUUAUUUGACCAAGGCUUAUUAAGGUGGCAUUCUGACACUUGAAUUCAGCAGCAAUGCUCCAUUCCCUAGAACAUGAUAAGGCCACCUCUGAGCAUGUGCAGAGUACUUCUUUCUUACCACUAAAGAAUUAUGGCCAGGUUCUAUCCCUGGGAUCGUAGAGUGGUAUCACCUCCUCCUGGCACCUCUCUUCUUAGAAACUUGCUUCAGUAUUCACAGUGAAACUGGCAAAGCAUGCAGGACAGAAUCAUGUUAGUUCAAGUUUACUGUACAACCUGCAAUAAAUAGCUGUAAUGCUGCUGUUCAGGAUACUAGUCAGUCAUGUCUUUUUCCUAGGAUACCCCAUUCCCUUGCCUAGGUUCCCUGUUCCCCUCUCAACAGAUGCUUGGGCUGUUGCCAAUGAACUCAUUUGGUCUUCACUGAGCUGUUUUGGGGAAUUGCCCUCUCUGCGGGUUUCCCCCCUAAAGCUUUUUUGUUCUUCAGCAAAUCUCUGUUAAUACAUCCCUUAUGGCAUUGCCUGUAAACAUCGUCCACGUUCCAGAAUUUUUUACUGUGGGGCCUCUUUCCUUGUUACUGCAACUCCAUUUCCUGUAAAGCUUCACCUGUUGAAAUUCUGUCUGUCAUGUAGCUGUGAAAGGUGUAAAGGCAAGAAAAGGCAUUCUACCCUAAUUUUUAUUCUGCAGUUGCUCCCCCACCCCCAAAGAGAACAAGUCAAACUGGAACUUUCCAGGUCAAAAUGUGACAUGUUGGAAGUGUAUUGAUGGGAACUCUACUGAAUGGCACAAAUUUGCCCCGGGGAUGAAUUGAGAAGGGCACCUUCAAGUGCCUGGUGUCCUGCAGGUGUGCCCUGAUAUGGCUGAGCCCCAGGAGGUGGGGUAGAGCAAGAGGGCAAGGAUAGUUCAGGCUGGUUUCUUUCUGUGACAUUUUGUCUCUGAGGGUGGGGCAGGCUCGGACGUCAUUGGUAGGUUACCCAACCAGUUGGGCCUGCCUCUAUUUUUAAAUGUCCUACUUGCUCAUCUCACCGCAACCUCUUGAUGGCGGAGCCAAAAUAGCAAGCAGUGUGUGUAUGAGGACUGGCCAGGAUGCCUGGAAUCAGCUUGUUUUGUGGGGCCUUUCUUGGUGUCGGUUUGUGGGUGGAGGUCUCUGCUGUUGUUGUUUUGAUAGUUCAGCUGAGUAAGAUCACAAAAAUCUGGCCCAAACCUAGGAUAUUUUGAGGGCCAAUGGAGACUAGGUGCAUGCUGAAUGUAGCGCCCCCUAGAGGGUUGCUAUCUGUUUUCACUUAAAAGCACUGUCAUGGAAUGGUCAGAGUUGGUGGCUCAAAAGUACCAACAGAACACAACUGGGCCUCUUGCAAGAGGAUUUUCAUGCUUGAGAGCCCAGUUCAAAACCUGCUAAUUCUCGUGUUCCGCAUUACGUAGCUGGAAGAUACAAGAUGAGGCCAACCGCACAUGUCUGUUAAGGAGAGAGAAAAAUGCUUUGGGCAUCAAAUGUGGCUUAGGCAUUCUUUGUCUACUUGUAUCAGAGUUCCCAUGACGGGGCCUUUUCAGUAGUGGUGCUGCAAAACUCUCUCCCUGUGAAUUUUUGCUGGUCCUUUUUCUUUUAGGGUUUAUUGAAGACUUGCUUUGUUUCAGCCUGCCUUUUAUACCACACUUGUAUUUGUUUAAUGUUGCAUUGGAUAUGGCUUUAUCUGCUGCUCCUUCUGAUUGAUUUCUGCUUCUGAUAAUUCUGCAUACUUCCUAUUUCAAUUGUUGUUUUAAUUCCGUAAGCCCCUUUGUGGUUCAAAAAUAAGUAAAUUGUGCAAAACUCUUACCAACUUGAUCAGAAGAUGCCCUUUCCAGAUUAGAACCAGCAGCCCCUAGAGCGUUGGCCCCUUCUAAGUUGGAAACUUAUGAUGCAGACUUAGUAGGACCUCAAGGGACUUGCUGUGGCAACAGCAUGUAAACUUUGGCACCAAGUCAUAUUUUAAUUAUGAAAGAGGAGGUCAACAAACAGGCCACUGGGGUUUAAUGGCUAAGAUCCUCUUCAUUCCUCAAAGAGCCAUUUCAGUUUUCAGAUUAGUUGUGACAAAACCAUACUGCUCUGAGUUGCGUUUUAGAUAUCUGCUCGCCCAGUGUUUGAUCAUCCAGAGAACCAGAAAGAAACCCCCUGGCCUGCUCUUGUGUCUUUAAGAUGGGGAUAGGGAACCUAUAGGGCACCAACAUCUGGAGGGCCAUGACUCCCAUCCCUGACCAUUAGCUAUGUUGACUGGGACUGAUGGGAGUAUCAACAACAUCUGGAGGCACGGGUUCCCCAUCCUUACUCUUAACUGCAGCUCAGGGUGCAGAAGCAGGCAGAGGAAGUUUUGGACAGCAUGGAAAUACUAAUUUCCCAUUCCUGUCUGCAUACUGACCUGUUGUGAAAGGCAGAGAUUCAGCUGGUUGAAAGUUUGCAAUGCUUAGAAGCCAAAAGGAAGACCUUCCCUGGAAUGCCACAAGGUGGUCAUCAGCUUCGAUGGAGACAAGAGGGGAAUAGACAAAUGGAUAAGACUGUCAAUGGCUACUAGCCAAGAUAGCUAUAUAUUGCCUCCAGGAUCAGCAGUGGGAGUUUGCUCAGACACCCAAUUUUGCUUUAACAAAAAAGUCAGGAAAUGAAAUGGCCAAUGCUGUCCAUAAUAUAUAUUUUUUCAUAAGCACAAAGUGCCUGACAUUAGAAAAACAAAAAUGUGUGGAAACACAAGCCUUGACAAUUCGAGCCUUGUAGAGGGGCUAAAUAUGAACUUCUUUAUUCUCAUUUGCCUAUUCAGGUUCCCCUCUUCUCCCUCUCCGUGUCCCCAGUGACUCGCUGGCUGGAUGCUCUGCCAAGUCCGCUCAGACUCAUCUCCCAGGAAUCAUUGGCACUGCAGGAUUUUAGAAAGCCAAUCUAGGCCGACAAGCAGGGCGGGAAACAAAUCCUUGGGAAGCCACAGCUGUGGCAAGAGAAACUGGGGCAGCAGGAGCAGAGAGGCACACCCUGGCUUCCUUCUCAUAGGUUGUAGAAAGUACAGCCUAAGGAGGAAACGUCAGAAAGGCCUGGGAGAAAUCACCUUUCUCUCUUCGUCAGCAUGACAACGUCCCCUGGUGUGUAAUUUCCAAAAUGAAACAUGCAUGGGGCCUGGUGUGCUCAGAAACUAUGACUUUUGCAGCCACCUCUUUUUCUUUUCCCCGGGUGGCAAGCUGUGCCUAUUGCAACAGAGGAAAAAUUCUGUAGGUGCAGCUUCCUGGUCUGGAGGUGCAGCAGCGAGGGAAGGUUAUUCCUGUGUAAUUUCUGACUGCUGCUCAUUUGCACACACCUGCCUUACUGUCUGACCUUUCUGACCUGGGAUUGAAGCGCCAGUCUAUACGAUUGGCAGAAUCAAGUGGUAUUUUGGUAGAGCUUUUCUUAGGCUGCAUCACUUUUUGCUGCAAUUCUGGUUUCAAGUCAGAAUGCCACUUAGCCUUGUCCUGUGUGCAGAAUUUUUCUUUCUCCUUGAGGGAGCAAUCUGUCUCUCAUCAUUCACUCUGGAGCCUGAAAUAAUACAAUUGGAACAAGCACUCCGCUUGAUUUCUCCAAAAUUCUAAGAAAUAUUCCAGCAACUCUAGGAUGGGGAAGGGUUUUAAUGAAUUGUAACAGAUCAAUGUGGAGGACAGGAUUCUUGUGUUUGAUUACUUGAGACAAAGUGAGGCCUGGUGACUCUUAAAGACAUUACAGUACUCGGAAACAGAAACAUAAAAGUGGGAUCUUGAUCAGACAAAUGUUGGUUCAUAUGUAGUGCUAAGCUAAACCAUGGCUUAAGGCAAAUAAGCCAACAUGCAGGCUCCUGGAGAGGGGAUGACAGCAGCUUCUCUCCUUGUCCUCUGGUGGUUCCGCUGUUGCACUUCUUUGAAUUAAACUUUAGUUUAGCAUGUCCAAACCCAUAAGCUGUAAACCCUAGAACAAACCUUGGUUAUAGCUCACCCUUUGCUGGAGCAAGAGAGACCACGAGCCAGAGCAACACAGCAACAAGAGGUGCAGAGAAGGAGCACAGCAGCUAUGAUCCUUUUCCAGGAAGCAGCAUGUUUGUUCAUUGCAUUAAGGCUAAGGAUCGUCUUAGUGUUGAAGUGCAGACUAGGUCAUAGUUGGAAAGAGUUUUCAAGUAAUUUGUUUUUUGUUUUGUUAUUAAAUGUGAAAAUAUUUAAGUGCUAUUUGUUCUAUUGUAAUCAAAAUGUUGCAAUUUGUCGUUAUAACUCUACUUCUUUUUUAAUUUCACAGUAUUCUUCUCAUGCUCCCACUCUGCAGCCAUUGGAGCCAACAGCACCCAACAAGGUAAGAUAUCUGAAUUUUGCAUGAAUGGGUGUGAAUUUUAAUUUUAUUUUUUAAAAAGAACAACACUGCACACCACUAAGUAUGUCAACAAUGGACAUCCAUUGAUUACCUUCCCUGUUUUCUCACAUACUAAUUUAACUCUCCCUCCUCUGCUCACACCAAUUAUUAUUUAGGUUCCAAAUUCGCUUCCUAGAGUCUAGAAAGCAACUUUUUUACAGACACUUAAAACCCUGCCUUCAACACAGUAGGAAUCUUCUUCGGUCAGCUCUGUGGCCUCUGAGAUUUCAGUAGGCAUUGUGCAUACACAUUCAGUCCCAUCUCUGCAGCCAUAUAAGGUCUACAAAUACAGGCUUCCAUAUUUAAAAAUACAGUUUUGAGAGAUUUCAGAAUGCCUUUUCUACCUCUUAUUGAAUGGUUGGAUCACCGGAAACAUAUAGGAACCACUUUCAGGGUUCUUCUUACAGUCAAGCAGUAUAUAAAUUAUAUGAACGAAUAACUUAGGAAGCUGCCUUAUACCAAAUCAUACCUUUGGUCAGUUUAGCUCAGUAUUGUUUACAAUGAGUCCUGAUGGCUGCCUGGGAUUUUGGGCAAAAGCUUUCCCAGGCCCUACCUGGAGACACUGGGGAUUGAACUUGGGAACUUCCACAUGCAAGGCAGAUGCCAUUCCGGUGAGCCAUGACCCUUCCCCACACAGAAGGAGAAACAUAAUAUGAUGCAGAGCCCAUCAUGUUGUCUGAUCGUCGUGUACAAAAGAACAUGUGAUGUGAGUGAUUUCUGGAACGCCUUUUCACUCUGCAAAAUGUCUUUAUGUCUGCAGGAUUCUGUGGAGUGCCCGCUAUGGGGCGAAUCAUGGGUGGCAUGAACGCCGAGCAUGGACAGUGGCCCUGGCAGGUAUCCCUGACCAGCAGCAGCAGCGGCCGUCACCUCUGCGGAGCAUCUCUCAUUGCCCCCCAGUGGCUAGUCACAGCGGCACAUUGCUUACCUGCGUAAGUGCAAGGCAUCCGUGGAAUAAGAUGCCGUUGUGGGUGUUGGGGAAGAGAGCAGGCAAUGCCUUUUGGAUAGGAAGUUUAAAUCAGGCAUAGGCAAACUUGGCCCUGCAGAUGUUAUGGGACUACAACUCCCAUCAUCCCUAGCCAACAGGACCAGUGGUCAAGGAUGAUGGGAAUUGUAGUCCCAAAACAUCUGGAGGGCCGAGUUUGCCUAUGCCUGGUUUAAAUAAUAGAAAGCUGGUGAGGCAUGCAGACACUAUCCUGCAGCCUUCUCGUAAUUCGAGAGCUUGGUUUACUGAUGAGGAUGCUAAAAAUGUUGGCUUUAGCAUUUGCAUGGUGCUUCCGAGUGUUCAAAGCAUUGCCAGAAGAUAACGAACCGGUAUGUGAAAUUUGAAAAGACCCUGAAAGGUGGGCCUGUUCUGUUAUAUAUCUAUAUUUCAGAUAGUGAGGGUUGAGAGAGAAUGGUUUUUCCAACACCACCUAUGGCAGAGACGAGAUUUGCAAUGGAGACCUCAUCCUCCCCACUUCAUAACUCAUCACUUAGUCUCAUAGGAGCUAUGCUAUGUUAGAUUUUAAUCAGUACUUAUAGGUCCAGGAAAGACAAAAGUAUCCCCUGUGUGUCUGCCUAGUGCUAAUUCAUUAACAAACAACUCCGAGGUCUCUGCUUUCCCUCUUAUGGUUCUGUAUCUCUAACGUGGACAGCCCUUCCUAGAUCGCUUCUGAAAAAUGGGGAGACACAUUCAUGUAGAAUGGCCCUUACAACCACUAGGGAGAGGGCCUUUUCAGUAGUGGCUCCCUGGCCAAUGGAGCAGGCUUCCCAGUAAAGCUUGCUUGGUGCUAUAUUUGUGGUAUUUUUAGUUUCAGAAUAUUUUCUAAAUAAUUCUUGCAAUCUGGGUCCCUCAAUUUUUUUUUUUUAAUAUAUUGCCUUUAUUUGGGCUGUGUGUGAUGAAUUUUGUUUUUCACAUAUUUAUCUUUUUGAAUUUAUGGUUUCAUGGCUUAUUUGUAUCAAAAUGGUUUUCUUAUUUAUCAUAAGCCUCCCAGAUAACUUUAUGGGGCAGAAUACAAAUGUCAUAAACAAGGUCAAUCCAUGACUGCUCUCCAUGCAGGUUAAAUGAAAUCUCCACAUUAAGAAAAGUUCACCUCUAAAUACUAGUUUCUGGGGCAGAAUUAAAUGGAAGACUGUUGCUUUCUCUCCCUCCCCAUGUGCUAAAGACACCAGUCUGGCUACCAUUGGAUAUGUGAUCCCUAGUACAGGUACUCUUAGACCCUUAUCAAUGACCUCCUUUUGCAUCUUAGAAAUGAAUUUUAAUACAAUAUUGCUUCCUCUCCUUUUUGCAGGAGGGCUGAAAUUGAAGACUACGAUGUCGUCCUGGGGGUCCAUCGGCUGAAUGACCCCCCAAACGACCUGCAAGUUAUGCAGGUGGAGCAAGUGAUUAAGCACCCUGACUACGUGGAAGAAGAAGGCUCGAAAGGGGACAUUGCCCUGGUGAAGCUCAAGAAGGCAGUGAACUACAGCCGAACAAUCCGGCCCAUCUGCCUGCCCGCCUCUUCUGUCGUCUUCCCGGCUGGCAUGAAGUGUACCGUCACCGGCUGGGGGAACGUGCUUGUAUCCAGUAAGGAAGAAAUUGUUUUCCUAUUGGAGUCAUGGUCCUUAGAGUGAUGGAACUUGUUGUAGCGCUAUGAUGCGACCACAUCUGGAAUGGGGGGGGGCACAGCUAAUCCUCUGUAAUGCCAUAUUUCCCUUGUGCAGUCAGGGCUCAGUCCCCAUCUCUCUCCUCCAUCCCCUCCACCCAAAAAGGCCUCCCUUCAUAUCUCAGCAUGGAGGCUUAGGCCUGGGGCAUGUGAAGAGACAAUGGUUGCCUCUGCAUAUGAGAUGAGUGCCUUUGUUUCUUGUCCAUAUCUUGAUGCAGACAUAGCCUCAGCUGUAGGAAAGGAGUCCGUAGCUGCAGAUUAGGGAGUCUGGCUUCCAGAAUGAUGAGGCACUUAUCCACCUGCACUCCCAACCCAAUGGCAAACACCCAGCCACCUGGGACACAAAAAGAGGCUGGUCCAUUAGAGUGAAUGGGGAGCUGCCCCACCAACCUCAGCCUGCCCUUAGCUGCCCCCACUUGCUCUGCAGCCUUGCUUCCAAUCAGCCCAGGAGUGGCACCACCUUUCAGCAUCCUCCUCCUCCUUGGACUCUGUGUUGCUCCUCGUAGAACUUGGCAGAGAGGAAGAUAGGGACAAAAUUAGAUUGAGUCGCCUUUGCCCGCCAUUGGUGCUGGCUGCACCUACUGUUGGCCUCCUGCCCUACCAGUCCCCACUGCAGGACAGCCUUUCUCCACAUCUGGGAACUGACUCUGAGUUUUGUUUCUUCCUUUAGCAAGCCUCCCCACACCCAAGACGCUACAGCAGCUUGAAGUGCCCAUUAUUGGGCUAGACACUUGCAAGUGCCUGUACAGGCGAAACCCUGACCCCGAGGAUCCCCUCACCGUCCACGACGACAUGAUCUGUGCUGGCUUUGCUGAGGGGAUGAAAGAUGCCUGCCAGGUGAGAUCAGGCAGGAGGAGAGGGGAGGCUGGGGGUGCCCGUUCGUUGAGGAAAGGGGGUGGCAUUUUAGAAUGAGGCAGUGAGAGCCAGAUUCGGCACUGUACAAACGGCCAAGGCUGAUGGCCUUUUCGUGUUCAGCUUCAGCCAGCAUCUGUUUAUAUGUUGCAUAGACGUCUGGAAAGAAAGUGCUGUAGCAACUCAUGGAUUAGAACCCCCUCUUAAGGUAUAAAUAUGCACUGUGCCCCCUUUCCCCCCUUGGUUAUGAGGCACUUUGUAGCCCUUCUCAGGCAAUUCACUAUACUUGUGUCUAUAAGUGAUCAUGUGACAGGCUGGAGGCAGUUCUUGCCAGUCCUGCCCUGAGUCAUCUUUAUUCCACAUAGAACAGGGUAUAGAGUCCUUUUUUGGCCCAGUGAGCCAGAUCUUUUUUCUCCCUCCCUGACUGCUCUGGCUGGCCAAAUUUGCUAGGUGAGCAAAAUCACUCUCCCACCUGUCAGCCACCUGAGAUUUUAUCGAAGUUGGCUAGCAGGGUAGGGGAGGAGAUAGUCAUAAAGCAGGAUUGAACUCCUUGCCCUUCAGUGGAUGGGCGGGAGUGUUUGAUCCUGAUUUCUGCAGGGAUCAACUGUGCCAAUGAGUUCCUGACAGGAAACUUGCUCACCCGACUGAGCUAAGCAGGACCAAACUCCCACCUGUCAGCUGAUGUCACCUGAUUGACACGUGAUUCCAGGGUGGUUCUGGAAAAACUGCCUUGUGGGCUUAGCUGGAAGCCCUGGCAGGCUACGCUUGGCUGAUGGGCUAGGGAUCCUCCAUCGCAAUGUAGGUGGGGACCACGUUGAAUAGUUCUUGGGGGUAUACUUUGAGUAAUGCCGACCCCCUUAACUCACUUGGAUCCUUCAAAAUAGCUGCCUGUGGAAGAGUACUCUCAAGUCCAGAUGCUUACAGUCAGCCUUCUGGCGUUUCCCUCAUUGAGAAAAGUGAGGUUACAGGGAAACAGAGGGCCUUCUCGGUAGUUGCACCUGCACUGUGGAACGCCCUCCUGUCAGAUGUCAAGGAAAUAAACAACUAUAUGACUUUUAAAAGACAUCUGAAGGCAUCCCUGUAUAAGGAAGUUUUAAAUGUGUUCUGUUUUACAGUGGUUUUAUAAUUAGUUGGAAACCAGAGUGGCUGGGACAAUGCGGUCAGAUGGGAGGCAUAUAAAUUAUUAUUAUUAUUCCCAAUCCAAUAACCAUUUUCCCUCCUAGGGUGACUCUGGAGGACCCCUUUCCUGCCGUAUUGGCAAUGCUUGGCUGCUGGCCGGAGUGGUGAGUUGGGGGGACGAAUGUGGAGCCCCCAACAGGCCUGGUAUCUACAGCCGCAUCUCAACCUAUGCCGACUGGAUUCAGGCAAAUGUUCCAGAGGUGCAGCUCAGCCAAGUGACCUCCGACGUGCAGCCCAUCUCGGAGGAGGGCAUGUGCUCUGACACUCCUGACCCUAGCCGGCCUGGACCUUACGAUGACAUCCAGCCUCAGCCAGGCUGGUCCCGUCCCAUCAAGCCGACAAACCCUGCCUCGGGCAGCGCUGUGUCCUGGGCCUGCAUGUCCAGCCUGCCUCUUCUUGUCCUCUUCCUUCAGACCUUCCACUAUUUCUUAUGAAUCGUCCCUCAAGUGGGCCAAAUGACUGAUUGUGUAGCGGGGGGAGAGCAGUCCCUUCCUACUCUGUGCUCAAGUGGGUGGUCCCACUAUUUCACAUUCUGCCAUGCCUCAGGUUUUUUCGCUUUGCUGUCUGGAAGCAUGUGAUGUUCUUGGUACGAUUACAAAACAGCAGCCUUGUUCUGGAGCAGAGGGUUCUGCCAAGCCACGAAGGUUCAGUCCAAUGUGCACUCGAGGUCUGCUUAGUAUAUAUACCUUACAUUCCAACUUGCUGUUUCCUCCUUCCCUUUUGUUCCCUUUGACAUGUUAAUUUAUGACAAUCCCCUGGGCCUGCUGCUGGAGAACUUGCCCUGCCUCAGCACAAUUACAGAAGCCAUGAAUGGCAACCACCUCCUUGCCUCUUUGUUGAGGGCAGACUCACAUUAAGUUGUCUUUGUCUCCUCAUCAUGCCAGGUCCUGAUCUGCCCUCUGGGUCUUGGUUCUCACUAAUCCUGGAUUUCACCAUUGUUACCAAUGUAUUCUUCACCCAAAUCCAUUUAUCUCGAUCUGCCUUCUGGUUAUCGCCCCUCAGCUUCCCUCCACCCUUUCCAGUCUAUAACAGGGUGCCUUCGUGGUUCUUUUUGGGGUCUUUGCUCCUGCUAACCAUUGCAGCUUCAGUCCUGAGAAGCUCCACACAGAUUCUACUGGCACACCAGUGGUUUUGCUGCCUGGUCUCAUCCUAGAAUGUGAGUUGGCUCCCUCUAAGCCAAAUCAGUUAGCUGAACCCUACACCUGUUUCUUAGGGUCCAGUUCAAACCAUUGUCCGAUAUCCCACUGAUUCCGAUACCUCAUGGAGUUGGGUAUAAACUAUACCCUCAAACACCCCCUUCUAUGGUGCCUGCUGGCUGGAGGUAGUGUGGAGUGUCAUCUAGGGAGCCCAGCCGACACAGCCUUUGUGUUAAAGCCUCAGUAGUCCACCGUGAUUGGAUCAAGACCAGUGUUAAAGAAGUGACACUCAGCGAUGUGUCUGUGGAAGCAGCAUCAGUCUCUAGGGGAUCUGUGACGCUCCAGGUGGUUCCAUGGCACCCAAUCUGCUUUUUGCUUCCUGGAUUCUUAUGGCCCUUGACAUGUGUGUUUGGGGGCAACUAAGACAACAUGUUUUCCCGAUGCCUCCUUGAAGCUCAGACUGAAAAGAUGGAGUGACGGGACCGAACCAUGUUUCUUAAUUAGCUGCCACAUUUUGACCCCUGGCUGAGGACUUGGUCAUCUUUGUGUGCUGACCGGACUGCAACUUCCCUUGACUGGCUUGGAUUCUUUGAAUGGUAACCUCACUUAGGUUUCUGUGUGUGAUCAAUAAAUCUCUCCAUUGGUGGAGUGUGUGCAUGUCUAUGUAUGUAUGUAUGUAUGUAUGUAUGUAUGUGUGUGUAUAUAUAUAUAUAUAUGUGUAUGCGUGUGUGUGUGUGAUAAAAAGUUGCGGGAAACAUAAUCAGGGCAACAUUACUGCUAAAUGAAAUGUCCUGCCUUAGCUUGAAGAUUUAUUUAUGAUGCAGCAUGACUUGCAUGUGAGGCAGAAAUGGAAUGGGACUGCUUUACGUAAGUUUGCUGCUGCCGAAUCAUAGACAUAUUAUUGGUCUUCCCUGACAACCUGUAUUUGCACAUCUUUUUAAAAUAAGUAUGUAAGCAUCUAUUUGUUUCUUUGGGAAGGAUGAGAAUCAGAUGUUGCUCUCACAAUGAAGGGUUUUUAAUAAAGCAAAUAGUAAUUCUAAAGUGACGGUAGUAGUUGUGUUAACUUCCACCACUGUCCUGAGCGCCGACUGAAUCCAGAGACAAAUUCCGCAUGUUAAGGGGCUGCUUGCAACACUUGAAAUACCUGUGUACAGAGGUGGGGGGAAAUUCCUUUGGAAGUGGCUGCAUAAUGAUAAGACCAGGUUCACAGGCUUAUGGGAGUUGCUCCAUUUUCUACUGGAACUGAAAGUGAACUAACCAGAGUCCCAGCAAGAUAGUCACUAAGGUGACAGACAGAAUGCCCUCCAUAAGCCAUGCAUUCUGUUACAGCUGGCCCAGUG